AUGGCUGGAAGGAGGAGAAGCAGUUUCUCUGCUGUGUUCAUCGCUACACUGCUGGCUGUGAUUCUGCUGCCUGCAUUCUUGUCUGCCGGACCAAUUGGGAAAAAGACAAAACGAGAUGCUGGAGAAAGUAUCCAGGAGGUGUCGGCUGCUGCAGAGUUACACAGGAAGCUGAUCCGCAACCGCAGGAACAUCAGCUGGUACAAAGAGAACUCUGACUACUGGGGCUGGUACAAGUACUUCACCGAAAAUGGCAACCAGGAGGCUGUUCAGGAGAUGGACCGCAUCUACCUGGCCUACCUCCAGAACAAGAACCGUGCUGAGGCACGUCGCUCCCACAAGGCGUACUUGCGCCACCUUGGAGACGUCUACAAGUCCUGCUCCGAUUCUGAUGACCCUAACUGCGUGUCUUCCUACACCAGUAGGCCUAAGCCAGAGGCCCCCAAACCUGCCCCUGUGAAAACCUGUGACCCCACCAAGGAUGCUUACUGCCUGUAUGCUGCUUUGGUCCAGGGCAAAAGCCCCUACCUGCCCCUGGUGCUCCCAGCUGCCCCAGCAGCAGCCCCAGCAGCAGCCCCAGCAGCAGCCCCUGCCCCAGUGAAGGCCCCCGCCCCAAUGUAUGUCCGCUCUGCUGCUCCAGCAAAGGACCCUCAGUCAGGGUAUUACUACUACGCUCCAUCCGCUGUGUCCUUCCUUACCAAGGAGCAGAAGGCCGAGCUGCUGCGUAUCUGCUCCUCUGAGGACGUGGAGUGUCUGCAGUACCACCUGAGAGCGGCCCAUGGGUAUUCCCCCUCUGCCGGACCCGUGCCUUCCUACGCUCACCUGGGCUGUGACCCCAAGAAAGACCCCAACUGCAAACCCAAACUGGUGCAGAAAACCCCCUCUGGUCUCUACCUGCAGUAUCCCAACUGUGACCCACGUGAUCCCCGCUGUGCCCACGCUGCCUCCCUUGUGGCGCCACGUGCCCCUAACCCCCCUGCCCCUGCUGGCCCUGGAUCCUGCAACCCUCUAGUUGAAGAAGGCUGCAACCCUCUUACCGCCACCAAAUAUGCCACUCCCCCUUCGUCAUACAAAAAGGAGGAAGAAGAGGCUGCUGCCAUUCGUGCUCCUGCUCCUGCUGUGCAGACCAACGAUCCCUACGCCAUGUUUAGGGAUGCUUAUGCUAGUGCUAGUGCUAGUGCUAGUGCUAAUGCUAAUGCUAAUAGAGUCACUGAUCCCUAUGCUAUGUACCGCCAGGCUAGCGCCCCGGUUUCUCGUCCAGCUUCUCCUGCAGCAAAUGACCCAUACGCCAUGCUGCGCCGAUUCAUGACACACGCUCAUGGUAACGACCCAUACGCUCCACCUAUGGAGGCUGCUCCACGCAUGGAGGCCGCUCCACGCAUGGAGGCCGCUCCAGGGUCCAACCCAAAUGAUCCUUUCGCUGCGAUCCGUGAGGCAGCAGCUGCCAUGCAUCGCCGCGGCCCUCCCACCCAGAGGCAGCAGUUCCCAUUUUCCAGUCCCACUUAUGAGGAGCCUGCCCAGGAGGAGCACAGCCCUCUAGGCCCCCCAGGUAAAACCAAAGAGGGCCAUGACUGCUUCAUUGGAUACGAUCACGAAUGCUUCCCAGUGAAGCCCACCGAGCCUCGUUCUGGAAUUCACCGACGCAUGCCCUACCCUGCCGAGCCCUACGAGCCCCACCUGAAUGCCGACGGAACCAGAAACGGGGUCAUGGAGCCCUCAAACCAAGACUGUGACCCUGAGUACGAUCGUGACUGCCGCCUGCGCCGUUUUGAGCCCCAGCCCGAGGCCGAGCCGGAGCAUCGCGUCGAGGAGGACCACAGCCAGGGGGCAGCAGAGAGUGAGCAGCAGCCGGAGCAGAUGGAGCAGGAGCAGUACGAGGCGGAGCCCUACCAGAGCGGCCAGGAGGAGCCUCACAUGUCCUACCAGCCCCUCUCACAGGGAAUGCCCAGCCUCCAAGACAUACUGAGGCGCUACGGAGACCAGUACUCCGGGCAGGAUGAUCACAGAGCCUAUGGAGAUGACUACCGCAAGAAAUAAACAUGCUCACACACACAUGCAUGCAGAUGGACAUGAAUACACAGUAACCCAUGCGUUAGCAAUUUACAGCUUAAUGCAGCACCCAGUCCUACAUGGACCAGAAAUGGGACACAAGAGAAGUUUAUGGACCCAAUGAGAUGCACAUAUAUAGCUUACAGCUGUAGGAGCAUGCUCAGAAAGACGAGGUGUGUUCCAGCAAUGUUUUCAUCUCUUUAUCUACUUUAAACCUGUUGCUUUGGCCAAGUGCUUUCAAGUUUCCGGCUCCACCUCUUUAAACCACCUCGAAUGUGUAAUGCCUUGUCAAUGCUCAAAUUUGCUUCUGUAUCUAUGCAUCUCACUUUUUUUUCCUGUUGCUUUUUGU